CUUAUCAGGAAAAUUAUGUUGCUUUCAUGUCCUUCUUGUUGUAUCUGUGUGUUAUGUUAUUUAAUUAUGCUGCGGGGAGCUGAUUAACUAACUCCUCUGCUGCUGGAAUGAUUGCUUGCGACCGAGCUGUAAUGAUUCAACGUUGGGGGGGAGUGAAGGAGUAAUUGAUGGAUGGAGUAUAUCAGUGAGAUAUGAGGAAAUCGUAACUGCUCCAUUUUUUGUAUUUUUUUGGUUGUGCUUUCUGUUUUUGGAGAAACAAUUGAGGGAAUUGUCUGCAGCGGGGGGAUUAUUAGGCCAAGACUUUCCUAAUAUGUGCAAAGAAGUUUGGAAGUUAUAGAAGCCCCCACCUCUCUCUCUCUCUUUAUCUCUAUCUCUAUCUCUAUCUCUAUCUCUAUCUCUAUCUCUAUCUCUAUCUCUAUCUCUUCCUUGAUGGUUUUUGUUUUUCUCUCUUUUUUUCCGCCCCUUUUGGAGGAGUACUAAUUUUUGGGGCUGUGGUAUCUGAGGUGUUUCCACGUCAUUGAGGAUGGGCAAGCGACGUUGGAGAAAGGGAAAACGUUUGCUGUGAGGGAGUUUCUUCUAGUUUUUGGUCGUUUAUUCUUGAAAAAAGUUCUGAAUAGGGGAUGGGGGACCAUAACGACCCAUCAACUACCCCUAUUUUCUCUAGUUUUUAAAACUUGAUUAAACUAUAGGAGUAUAAAAAUCUGCAGCAGGUAAGUAUAAGCUUUUUUGCAUAAAAUUUGGAAGGGAGGGAGGAGGGCUUGACUAUAUUCAUAUUUUUAUAUCUACUUGGAUUAGUGCAACUUUAACUCUUACUUAUAAUUCUUUAUGUUGGAGUUUAGUUUGGUGGUGAAGAGGCCAAAAGCAAACAUAUCUUGGUCCUUUUUUUUGUUUGAAGAAAAUGAUGAGACCAUUAUCUUUUCGUUUAGUGGUUAUGUUUAAGAGGCAUCUUAGUCAAUCUUGGUAGUGCGUAUUGCCAGAAAAGAACUGAGAAGGUAAUUAAACACCAGGUUGAGGAUAAAAGAGAAGUGAAAAGGGAAAGGUACAAAGCAGAGUCUUUAUUGCUAUAAAAAAGGAUGGUGAUUGCAGGCAGUUAACAGUAAAAAUCUCUUUUUUCCACUCAUUUGAUUGCUCAAGUGAAUGGGCUAAAAAACAAAGUAUAUCACCUACCACUUCUUCUUUUAGCUACCGACUUCUAUUCAUCUGUUGUAGGAGAGCAGCUAAUCUGCUUUGUUUCGUGGUGGGAUAAUUGGAAAAAGAUGGUAUUUUUGCUAAUUAUCUGAGAUUCUGUGCUGCCAAAAUGUUUCUUGAUGUGUACGCUUGGCCUUCUGGUUCAAGAUUGGGUUUCUUAUUGAACUUAUUUAUCAUAUCAGUAUGUUUGAUUGUUUUUUUUUUUUGUGUUUGCUCGUGUUUUCCCCUCUGAAUUUUGGAUUUGGGGGCUGAGUACAUGUGGUGAUAUUGGUGAUGCUUGUUGGUUGUCAAGCGUAUUGAUUUUACAUAUGUGAUUUCCUUAUCCAUGAAACAUGAAGCUAUAACUUCUCCAUGAGGUGAUUACUUUGUGAUGUCUUCAUAGUAAUUCUGAUAAAAUUUUGGUUGUGGAUAACCUAUUUGUUGUUUGAUCCUUCUGAAGGAGUUUCACCUAUUAUUUUGCUUGUUAUGAGAGUUUCUUCCUCGAAUCUGAAGAGUUUAGUUUUAUAUCUUGCAGUUUCAGCCUAUGCCCUAGUUUAUGAUGCAUUAUAUGUUCUAGAUUGAUUGAGAAACUCUACCUAAUGAGCCACUAUUUGGAGAUGGAUUGGAAUACUAAGUGGGAUUGGGAAAGCUAUGAUGCAUUUGGUCCAAAAACAACAGAAAAUCCUAAGAAGCUGCAACUAGUGGAUUGGACUAUUAUUGAUGAUAGGGAAAUUGAUGCUGGAUCCUUCAAUCUCUCAGCAGGAGCCUCUGGCUCUGAUGGUGGCCAUGUUUCUUCAGCAAAAAGCUCAAUAUCAGCUUCUGAUUCUUCCACAAAAAAUGGGCAAACCCCCCCAGACGUCAGGCUAAUGGCAUAUGAAGAUUUUUCUGGAAAUUUUAAGAUUACAGAACGUGAAGGAACUAAGAUUUCUGGAACUUCUCCACCUCUGGAAGCUUCCAUUGGCUCUGUAGAACCACUGAUUGGCCUCAAGCUUGGAAAGAGAACAUACUUUGAGAAUAGUGGUGCUGGAGGUCAUGUUAAGGGUGCAUCUUCCACUGGGCCUACUGCAUCCACCUCUUCAUUGAAGAAAACUAAAUUGCAGGGUGAUAAUCUCCCGAUGCCUCGCUGUGUAGUUGAGGGCUGCAAUUCUGACCUUUCAACAGGUAAAGAGUAUCACCGGAAGCAUAGGGUUUGUGAUAGCCAUUCCAAAGCCCCAAAAGUUGUUGUUGGUGGCCUUGAACGCCGGUUUUGCCAGCAGUGUAGCAGGUUCCAUAACAUUUCUGAAUUUGACGAAAAGAAACGCAGUUGUAGAAGAAGACUUUCUGAUCAUAAUGCUCGACGCAGGAAGCCACAGCAGGAAAUACAGUAUAAUUCAAGGCUCUCAUCACCAUUCCAUGGAGGAAGGCAGCAAAUGAGUUUUAUGAUGAGCAAUUCUUCACUUGUACACUCUAGAGCUAUGGGUGAUACAGCAUGGGAUAGCACCAAGUUCACCCUUACCAAAGGGUAUCAUCCUUUGAAGUCUAGUGGAGAUGGAGUUAGCAGCGAGCAGAUGCAUAUACCAGGAGCUAAACUUACACAUUUCACCAACAUGCAAAGCUGUGCAGCCAAAGUAUUUCCCACUUCAAAGAGCUCUGUGGCUGAUGUUUCAAAUCCAGGUUCGAAGUAUUCUCCCCACUUAGAUGCAGCACCCGAGUAUGGUCGUGCUCUCUCUCUUCUGUCAAGUAAUUCGUGGGCUCCAUGUGGAUCAGAAUCCAUGGCUUUGAAUCAAAUUCAAGAAAAUGAAACCUGCGUAAGUCAGCCUUUACCUACGAUGCACGGAAUCCCAGAAGGGGUGCCCCUCUCUUCUUCAGAAUUGUGGCUGCAUCAGCCGCCUUCUGCUCAUACUCCAUUGCCAGACAACACUAACUUCCCGGAAAUCCAGCUAUUCAUAACACCAUAUGAGGAGACAGACUUAUAUUCCAACAUAAUGAACUGACUACCAUUCAAAAGCACAAUCUUGUAGUAGUAUUUUGUAUUUUGAACGCUAGCUGCACAAGAGUCCUUCUUGUUAGUUGAUAAAUUUAUAAGGUUCUUGCCUUCCACAGCAUAUUCUGUUAGUGUGGAGCUAAGGUUGCAAAUUUGUGUGUUCUUUGGAUAAUCAACCUUGUUUGUUUGGAAACAUUUUUUGCUUUAUCAAAAAUUAAAUUACAGGUAACAGAUAUGAAUUAA